UUUUUUUUUUAUUUUACUUUUUUUUUUCAUAUUACAUUAUCGAAUCAAAUCCACUUGCCAAGAGAGGACUUAAUUACAAAGAACACUAUACAUACAAAUAGAUAUAUAAAUAUAUAUAUUCCUACAUACAUAGAGUAAUUUCUCAUUUUCUUCUUCUCCUUUUCUAUACACAAAUGAUUAAUAUUUCUUGUAAUAAUAAUAAUAAUAAUUCACAAGUUACUACUACUACUAUUAUUAAUAAUAAUAACAAUACCCCUUCCAUAUUACCUUCUCCUCCUUCUUCUCCUAUUGAUUGUGAGCCUAUUAAUGAUACACAAGAAUACGCCAUUAAUAGAAAACGCGCUUACUCUAUUUCAUUUAUUCAAAACAAUUCAUCAACAAACAAGAAAUCAAAAACGGUUGACUCUGAUUGUUUAAAAGAAUUUUUAAACCGAAAGGGUUCUCCUAAUACCUGUGAUGGACAGUUCAAGCGUUCACUUUUAAGUUGGGCUUGCAUAGGUCGUUCUACAGAAGCAAUUAAAGAAUUAAUGAGCUCAGUUCAUUUAGAUAUCAAUCUCAAGACGGGACCUAAUCUAUCAACUGCAUUACAUGAAGCAUGUCUUGUAGGUUUUAAAGAGGGCCUUGAGUUAUUGUUAGAGCAUCCAGAUAUUGAUAUAAAUGCUUUAAACAAUCAAAGCCAAACACCUCUUUAUUGUGCUGUUCAAAAUAAUCAAGUAGAUUGUAUUAAAAUCCUGUUAUCUGCAGGUGCUCGAAUGGAUAUCUUUUGUCAAAGACGAUUACCAAUCCAUUUAGCUAUUCUUUACGGUUAUCAACAAUGUGUCUCUAUCUUGCUUUCAAAACAAAAUCAACACGUUAAUAACCCAAGUCGAUUAGACAUGCUAUGGGAAGUAAAUAAAAUAGAUAAUCGUAGUUCAAUAGAAUCUGCUAUUGUUACAGGCUAUACAGAUACACUUCAAUUAUUACUAGACCACGAUUCUGUAAUCAACAAAAGGAUGCCAUUGCAUCAAAGGAAGCAUGGACUUGUAUCCUUAGCAGUAGAAUGGAAUCGUAUCGAGUGCUUACAAUUAUUAAUUAAAAGAGGAUGUAUCAUGGAUGAAAACAGUAUGUUAAUGGCUGUACAACAACGAAAGAUUGAUAUAGUCCAUGUAUUAGCUUCUGCUAAUGCCAAGUUUUGUUUACCAAAUGGUCAAAAUCCAGCUUUUCUUUAUGCUGUUAAUCAUGGUUUCUUGGAUAUGAUACCCUUAUUAUUAACUCCUAAUACUUCAAAAGAUUGUAUUCAACAAGCUUUAUUACUGGCUUCCCCUAUAGGUCUUCGAAAUCAGCUUGCAUCUAUUAUUGUUCAAACACUGAAAUCAUUCAUUGUAGCCAAGAAAAAAAAUGUUUCAUAAUCAUACAUACUAUUAAAAUUAUUCCUAUUCUUAUUUAUACCUUUUAUAAAAAUAAAUAAAAUUUAUUCCUCCUUUACACACUCUGUAUUAUCAAUAAUCAUCCUUAUUCAAUCAUAACUAAUACCGCCACUCUUCUGAUGAUAUAAAUAGCCAUAAAUAAAAUAAUUGACUUCAAGGCUUUUAUUAGGGAUUUUUUUUUUUGGCUUAUUA